CAAUCGAACUUCGCUCAGUCAAGUGGCAAACGUUAACGGCAACGCGUAACCAUCGUCCCGUCAGCCGAGACGCCUCCAACUGUCAGUGUCCAUAAGAACCAAUAGAAGUCAAAGCAUCGCGUUGACGGCAUGGAAAUGAUGUCUGCAGUGUCGCAAAUCCCACUACGGAUGGUUCUCUACGUCGCCUUACUGUCGCUGGGCAUCACAAAUGCACUCGACUGUUAUAUUUGCACGUAUUUGGACGGCUACAGUGAUGACUCCUGUGUGACCAACGCCAGCUCUGUCAAGGUUCUCAACUGCAGCACGAAAUACUGCCUCACGAUGCGCCAGGAGUCGAUUCGCAAUGCGAGCAAAGUGAUAUCCUUUCUACGUGACUGCCAGGAUAAACCCAUGCUGCCGAAUGGCAACACGCCGGAUGGCUCCUUCCGCACCUACUACAGCUCCUGCCAGCAGAAUCUCUGCAAUGGACACAAUGGACGCAUCAAGAACUCGACGGGUGGCGCAGCUAGCAGUGGCAGCGGCAUCCACAAUGCCAUUGUGCCCGGCAAGAAUACGGGCCACAGCAGCAGCCAUGGCAACGGCCAGGCAUUCGCAUUUGCAUUCGGCUUGGGCCUAUUCCUUCUGUUGGCCAAACGCCUACGAUGCUGCCUGCCACAGCUGUAAGGAGGAGUGAGGGACAAGGACGACUUCAAACUCAAUCAGUGUGCUGGGCAUUUUGUGUCUCCUCUCGGUGUGCAAUUAAACUGCUUUUAGUAGGCCCACCCCCCGGCUGCCGGCCACUAAUUAGUAUGGCCCGAGUGCUGUAAUAACCUUUGACAGCCACCGAAACUUUUGCGUGUGGUUUUGUGCAGUUUAUUGACAUGGCAGCCCGAAGCCCGAAGCCCGAAGGCUGAAGCUGAAGGCAAAACCGCAGGCCACGUUGGUAAUUGCAGCGACCGCCAGGCAGGCUCUUAGGCCUCUGUACAGCUUCCGGCAUGUCCACGUCCCUCACCAGAAUCCAAUCAUAAAUAUAUGUAUGUAAAUAUGUAUUUGUUGUCCAGCUAACAGCACUUUCGUGUGCCACUAAUUGUAUUUUGUCUAAUGGUCAAGCAAUGAAACACGAAAACAUUUCAAUGCAAAUGCCUGUGAAAAAUAUGCAAAAAUAUUAGCAGAAGGUUGUGGCAACUAAGGAUAUAUAAAACGUAUAGUAGGGGAGUCUCUCUCCUACUCAAAUUUGACAUUUUGCCGUAUUUGGUCUUCGCUCCAAUAAAUCACAGAAUUUUUGCCCAGUC